CUCCGACUCUUUCUAAACCCAAACCAACUGGAGGACUCAUUCCCUGCCCCGACCACCAUCACACCACGCGCACGGUACGAACAACCACUAUGAUGAACAUCUCCUAUCCAGCUCUGGGCGUCCUCGCUCUUGCAGCCAGCUGUGCCUCCGCGGGGCCAGCAGCCUGCGGGGUCUGUCAGACCGGUUGCGCCGCCGUCGUGAUGGCAUGCUACUCAGCGGCAGGAUACACAUGGGGAGUCGCGCUCGGAGCCGGGGUCCCAGCGACAAUUCUCGCCUGCAACAGCGCCUUUGGGACCUGUCAGUCCGCCUGCGCUGCCGUGAUCUUGGCUCCACUUUUCUGGGCGUCUAAAGCAUGCAGACCGUCUGAUCGACCUGUCUUGUUUCUCGUAACAUUCUGCAAGUCGUGCUGGACAGUAGCAGUCGUCAGUUUGAAGAUUCAUGAAGAAGUAAAAUGCCCUUGGUACCCACUGCUCCGCAAAUGGCCAAUUGAUGCAGGUGUCUAA